CGUGGUCGGCGCUGGGCUUGCUCUCCUUGCGGAAGUGUGUGUUUCGGCGCACCGGAAGACACUGGGAGCGAACGAUGGCGGGUUUGCCUGUGCGAGACCCUGCGGUGGAUCGUUCUCUACGUUCUGUAUUCGUGGGGAACAUUCCUUAUGAAGCUACUGAAGAACAACUGAAAGACAUCUUUUCUGAAGUUGGACCUGUUGUUAGUUUCAGAUUGGUAUAUGAUAGAGAGACAGGAAAACCAAAAGGUUAUGGCUUCUGUGAAUACCAAGACCAAGAGACAGCACUUAGUGCCAUGCGGAACCUGAAUGGGCGUGAAUUCAGUGGGAGAGCCCUUCGAGUGGAUAAUGCUGCCAGUGAAAAGAAUAAAGAAGAAUUGAAGAGCCUUGGCACUGGUGCUCCAGUCAUUGAAUCACCUUAUGGAGAAACCAUCAGCCCGGAGGAUGCUCCUGAGUCCAUUAGCAAAGCUGUUGCUAGUCUUCCACCGGAACAGAUGUUUGAGCUGAUGAAACAAAUGAAGCUCUGUGUCCAGAAUAGUCCCCAGGAAGCACGGAAUAUGUUGCUUCAGAAUCCACAGCUGGCUUAUGCUUUGCUGCAAGCACAGGUAGUGAUGAGAAUUGUGGAUCCUGAAAUUGCCCUGAAAAUUCUACAUCGCCAGACAAAUAUCCCAACGCUGAUUUCAGGCAACCCUCAGCCAGCCCAUGGUGCUGGGCCUGGCUCAGGAUCCAAUGUUUCCAUGAACCAGCAGAAUCCUCAGGCCCCUCAAGCCCAAACUUUGGGUGCAAUGCAUGUCAAUGGUGCACCUCCUCUGAUGCAAGCAUCUAUGCAAGGUGGAGUUCCAGCCCCUGUGCAAAUGACAGCUGCUGUAACAGGACCUGGUCCCGGUUCCUUAGCCCCUGGAGCAUAUCUUGCUCCUUUGAGGAAAAGAGAAUUAUUGCUAUGUGGAAGGGACCAGACAAGGAUUUGUGGAGUAAUGCAGGCCCAGGUUGGAAUGCCAGGCAGUGGACCAGUGCCUAUGGAACGAGCACAAGUGUCUGCUGUUUCUCCUUUUGAACUUACUGCUUACCUAGGAACCCUACAGCACUCGCCCGUGGGACCCGCCGGGCCUGCAUCAAUUGAGCGAGUUCAAGUGCCGAUGCAAGACCCCAGAGCAGCUAUGCAGCGGGGAGCCUUGCCUGCCAAUGUCCAGACGCCUCGUGGUCUGCUAGGAGAUGCUCCAAAUGACCCACGGGGAGGCACUUUACUUACUGUAACUGGAGAAGUAGAGCCUAGAGGUUACCUGGGACCACCUCAUCAGGGUCCACCCAUGCACCAUGUUCCUGGCCAUGAAGGCCGUGGACCACCCCCACAUGACAUGAGGGGAGGUCCAUUAGCUGAGCCCAGACCUCUAAUGGCAGAGCCAAGAGGACCCAUGCUAGAUCAGAGAGGUCCACCCUUGGAUGGCAGAGGUGGGAGAGAUCCCCGAGGAAUUGAUGCACGAGGGAUGGAAGCCCGAGCCAUGGAGGCAAGAGCACUAGAAGCCAGAGGACUGGAAGCCCGUGCCAUGGAAGCUCGUGCAAUGGAAGCCCGAGCCAUGGAAGCCCGUGCCAUGGAGGCUCGUGUGAUGGAAGUCCGUGGAAUGGAAGCCAGAGGCAUGGAUCCCAGGGGCCCAGUUCCUGGCCCUAGAGGACCUAUGCCUAGUGGAAUCCAAGGUCCCAGUCCAAUGAACAUGGGAGCUGUUGUUCCACAAGGAUCCAGACCGGUCCCAGUCAUGCAGGGAGCAGGCAUGCAAGGAGCAAACAUGCAAGGAGCAAGCAUGCAAGGAGCAAGCAUGCAAGGAGCAAGCUUGCAAGGUGGAAGCCAGCCUGGUGGCUUUAGUCCUGGGCAGAACCAGGUCACACCCCAGGAUCAUGAGAAGGCUGCUUUGAUCAUGCAGGUUCUGCAGCUGACCGCAGACCAGAUUGCCAUGCUGCCUCCUGAGCAAAGGCAGAGUAUCCUCAUCUUGAAGGAACAAAUACAGAAAUCCACUGGAGCGCCUUGAGAGGUUUUCAAAAUUACCUGGCAACAAAUCUGGAAAUUAAAUUCCACAAUGCUGUUGAAAUAUUGAAAAAAACAAAAGGUGACUUCUGCAUCCUAAUCCCCCAUGACUCAAAUUGGUGCCAGGUGGAGGACUCACAUCACCUUCUUUCAGAACAAAAGCAGUUCAUUUUGUUGUAUUAGUUUGUAUAUUUUCUGUGACUUGAAAUAAACUUUGAACACAAUUUUAGUACACUGUAAA